AUGACACGCGCGUGUCUAGUCAUCAGACGACAAUUGUCUCUGUGCACGACUACAAAGGUCGUUAGAGAGGUGCGUAGGACCACUAGCACCUCUUUACCCCCCUUUUCUGACGAAGCUACGCUCUAUGUCCACUGGCCCUAUUGUUUAAAGCGAUGUACCUACUGUAACUUCAACAAAUACAUCCCCCGUUCAGUGGAUCAUAGUGUCAUGACAGAGUGUUUACAGAGGGAGGCAGAAACCCUGGUGCGGCUCAGUCAGGUGUCACGCAUUACAUCUGUAUUUUUUGGCGGUGGAACUCCCAGUCUGGCUCAGCCUUCGACUAUUGCUGCUGUUCUUCAGACUAUAUCCAGACAUGCUCAUCUGUCAGGCGAUGCUGAAGUCACUCUGGAGGUGAACCCCACGCCUGUUGGACUGGCUAAACUGAAAGAUUUCGUGAUUGCUGGAGUCAAUCGAUUCUCCAUUGGGGUUCAGACUCUAAAUGAUGAUGACCUGAAGGUACUGGGAAGAGACCACAAUUCCCAGCAUGCUCUCAGAACACUCUCAGAAGCUAAGAGACUUUGCCCAGGACGUGUGUCUGUGGAUGUUAUGUUUGGUCGACCGAGCCAAAGUGUGGAAUCGUGGGAGAGGGAGUUGGAGAAGUUGCUGUCAGUCUGUGACGAUCAUGUGUCUCUAUAUCAACUGACUUUGGAAAGAGGCACUCACCUGUUUAAGCAGGUCCACAGAGAUGAACUUAGCAUGCCCGGGGAUGAUGUCACAGCCGCCAUGUACAGCACUGCCCGGAGAAUGCUCGAAAAGGAAGGCUUUGUUCAGUAUGAGGUGUCAAACUUUGCCAGACAUGGUGCUGUCAGUGGCCAUAAUUUGGGUUAUUGGAAGGCACAGCAGUAUAUAGGUAUAGGCCCAGGGGCACAUGGGCGCUUUAUACCCAUUGCAGCAGGAGGGGUUCAGAGGGAGGCUCGAACCCAGACCCUAGAACCUGAUGUAUGGAUAAGAGAGGUCCAGCAGCGGGGUCAUGGAACGCGACGGUGUAUCAAGCUUAACCACGUAGACCUAUUGGAAGAAGUUUUGGUGAUGGGACUGCGCUUGACUGAGGGAAUCACUCAUGAGCACUGGAAACUAUUCAGCCCCAACGCAGACCUCCACAGAAUACUGGGUGUGUCUGCAGAGGUUCAGAAACUGCAGCAGACGGGGACUCUAAUCCUGGAUGAGAGAGGACUGCAGUGCUCCUGGGGUGGCUUGGCCUUAUUGGACAGUAUUUUACCUACCCUGCUAGUAGAGUUGGACGCAUAUUUCCACAGCCAAAGACUCCAGGAGGGCAGGCAGUCUGUUCUGCCACAGCACAGAGAUGGGCAGAUGGAGAGAUGA